ACCUUGCCCUUAAUCCAUGUGAAGACCUGUUGGAAACACCUUCCAGAAACAUAACAGUUUUCAGUCUCCUAAUAAAUUGUGUUGUGUCCAAGAAGAGCCUGUCCAAAUGAGCAAGACAUCCCAACAGAACACCGCUACAGAUGCGAACGGAGUAAGCGUGAUUCACACCCAAGCACACACCAGUGGUUUGCAGCAGGUUCCCCAGCUGGUGCCCGUUAGUCCUGGUGGCGGAGGCAAAGCCGUGCCACCGAGCAAACAGGGAAAGAAAAAUUCCUUUGUGGAUAGAAACAGUGAUGAGUAUCGUCAGCGCAGAGAGCGAAACAACAUGGCAGUGAAAAAGAGCCGGUUAAAAAGCAAGCAGAAAGCACAAGACACGCUGCAAAGGGUCAACCAGCUCAAAGAAGAAAACGAACGUUUAGAGGCAAAAAUUAAGCUCUUGACCAAGGAGCUGAGCGUACUGAAAGACUUGUUCCUCGAGCAUGCGCACAAUCUUGCAGACAAUGUGCAACCUGUUGGCACUGAAACCACCACAGCAAAUCCAGAAAACAAUGGACAGUAGACACUGUUGCAACCUUAUGAAAUGAACUCUCAAGGUGCAGCUUGUCUGCAACACCAUGCAGUAACAACUCUGUUCUUUUAGCCAUUAUU